AUGGACGGGUUACAACUACGUGAUGAGGCCGCGCAAGAUCGUGUGCGUUCCGCAACUGAAUUUCUUGACCCUAAUGAUGCACGGGCACGCAGUUACCGAGCGGAUAUUGUGGUUAUGCUGAAUAGGGGUGCGCGACGAUUGACGGUCAGCAUCGAUGAAAUCAGAGCACACAACCGGGAGCUUGCCGAUGGGCUGCUCUCUUCGCCAUUCGAUUAUUCACAAGCCUUUGACACUGCGUUGAAGGCGGUUGUCAAAACCCUACCCGGUCGACCACUUAGAGAAACUUCAGAUGAAGCGAACUACUACUGCGCUUAUGUUGGCGCAUUUGGAGAAUUCUCUUGCAAUCCGCGCACAUUGGGCUCAGAACAAUUGAACCAUAUGGUCUCGCUCGAGGGAAUUGUGACAAAAUGCUCCCUGGUACGCCCCAAGGUCGUCCAGAGUGUUCACUACGUCGAGAGGAAGGAUCGGUUUGUUGCUAGAAAAUAUCGUGAUCAAACUAUGGGCGCCAGCGGUGCAACCAGUUUGAACGUUUAUCCUCAAGAGGACGAUGAGAAGAACCCUCUUAUCACCGAAUAUGGUUACUCAACAUAUCUUGACCACCAGUCGAUUUCCAUCCAAGAAAUGCCCGAACGUGCCCCGGCAGGACAGUUGCCCCGAAGUGUCGAUGUAAUUCUGGACGACGACCUGGUCGACACUGCCAAGCCUGGCGACAGAAUCCAGUUGGUUGGUAUCUACCGCACCCUCGGUAAUGGAGGAAGUGGCUCGUCGACGUUCCGCACCGUCGUCAUGGCGAACAACAUUAUCCAGUUGUCUUCAAAGAGCGGUGGAGGUAUUGCGGAGGCCGUGCUUACGGAUACCGACAUUCGAAACAUCAAUCAGAUUGCCAAGAAGAGAAACGUAUUUGACUUGUUGUCCAAGUCUCUGGCCCCCAGUAUCCACGGACAUGACUACAUCAAGAAAGCCAUCCUUCUGAUGCUCCUUGGUGGAAUGGAGAAGAACUUGGACAACGGAACCCAUCUUCGUGGUGAUAUCAACAUCCUUAUGGUUGGUGAUCCCUCGACUGCGAAGUCCCAGCUUCUUCGUUUCGUGCUGAAUACCGCGCCAUUGGCAAUCGCUACUACCGGUCGAGGUUCGUCCGGUGUCGGUUUGACUGCUGCCGUUACCUCCGACAAAGAAACCGGCGAACGUCGAUUGGAGGCUGGUGCUAUGGUCCUCGGUGACCGUGGUGUGGUGUGUAUUGAUGAAUUCGACAAGAUGAGUGAUGUCGAUCGUGUUGCCAUUCACGAAGUCAUGGAACAGCAGACUGUCACAAUCGCAAAAGCCGGUAUCCACACAAGCUUGAACGCUCGCUGCAGUGUUCUUGCAGCAGCAAACCCUAUUUAUGGCCAAUAUGAUCCCCACAAGGACCCGCAUAAGAACAUUGCUCUCCCCGACUCCUUGCUUUCUCGUUUCGAUUUGCUAUUUGUCGUGACCGAUGAUAUUGAGGAUUCCCAUGACCGAAUAAUCUCAGAGCACGUUCUACGCAUGCACCGUUAUCGCCAGCCUGGCACUGAAGAGGGUGCGCCCGUUCGGGAACAGCUCAAUCAAACAUUGGGCGUGGGUGGUGAAGACCGUCAAGAUGCCAACGCGCCAAGUGAGGUUUUCGAGAAGUUUAAUGUUAUGCUCCACGGUGGUAUGGUAGAUGCUGCUAAUGCUGGUCGCCGCCGCGGCAAGAAUGUGGAAAUUAUCAGUAUUCCCUUCAUCAAGAAGUACAUCCAAUACGCCAAGAAGCGAAUCAUGCCCGUCUUGACCAAGGGUGCUGCCGACCACGUCAUCGCCACAUACUCUGCUCUGCGAAAUGAUGAACUCACCGGCAACAAGCGUCGUACAUCGCCCAUCACCCCCCGUACCCUAGAGACGUUGAUUCGUUUGUCCACUGCACACGCCAAGGCCCGUCUGUCCAACCGAGUAGACGAGAAGGAUGCCAAACAUGCCGAGGCUAUCCUGCGCUUCGCCAUGUUCAAGGAAGUGGUCGAAGACGAGCGCCGGAAGAGACGCAAGGUGACCACCUUCGAUGAUUCCUCCGACGACGACAGCGAUGCCGAACUCGACGACAACUCCGAUGAUGACACCACCACCCGCAACACAUCAACCGCCACACCGGGUAGACGCACAGGCACAGCACGCACUCGCGGUACCGCAACGCAGUCUAGUAUUCCAGUCCCCGACGAGGACGAAGACCCAGAUAGCCUAUACACAGCUAGCCCUCGCGCUCAACGCCUACGUUCGAGCCAGGCAGCCCGCACCCAAACACAAACCGACUCCCAGAUGUCAAUGGCAUCCUCACAGCCGGCCUCACAGCUCAUCGAGUCUCAGACAGACUCGCAGUCCACUUCCACAGACAUCCCGAUCACCCCUGCCCGCAUGGCAGUAUUCCGACAGACUCUUGGCCCGCUCAUGGGCAAGACUGUGUUCAAGGACAGUGAUACAUGCAAGAUUGAUGACUUGAUCAAUGCCGUCAAUACUGCUAUCCGGGAGUCGCCCAAGCUUGGCGCUUCGCAGGUCUUCCCCCGCCCCGAGGCUAUCCAGGCCUUGCGGGUCAUGAACGACGAUAAUAUCCUAAUGUACCUCGAGGACGAGGAAGAUGUGUACCGGGUCUAA